CCAGCUUCUCCUCCGCUAGUUAUAAUCUUCUUUUCCAUCUAGAGAGAGAGAGAGAGAAAGAGAAAGCGAGAGAAGAUAGAGAGACGAAAGAGAAUAACAGGAAGAAAACGAGAGAAGAUCCAGACCUGCUGCUUCGAUUGACGUACAACAAAUCGAAGAACGCUUCGUGGCCUGUAACUCUUGGUUUAUCGCUUUACUGUCCAAGUUGCUGCUUUUUGAAUCUCUAUUCUAUAUGGAUAAGGCUUUGGAUAUGUCAUUAGACGAUAUUAUAAAGAGCAAGAAAAGUGCAGGUAGAGGUAAAGGAAGAGGUGGUGCCCCUCGAGUUCGUGGAGGUAGAGGUGGUUCUUUUAGCGGUGGAAGGAUGAGAGGGGUAGGAAGAGGGUCAGGACGACAGGGCCAUCUUGGAGUUAAUACUAGACCGUCAUCUUUUGCUAUAGCCAAGUCUUUUCGCAGAAGCAAGAAUUUCCCAUGGCAACAUGAUUUGCUCGAAGAUAGCCUUGCAGCUGUUGGAAUACCCGCCAUGGAAAGUGGUACCAAGUUAUAUAUCUCAAACUUGGAUGCUGGAGUUAGCAAUGAUGACAUAAGGGAGCUGUUCUCUGAGAUUGGGGAGCUGAAGCGUUAUGCUAUUCACUUUGACAAAAAUGGUAAACCCAGUGGAUCAGCUGAAGUUGUUUAUGCAAAAAGAAGUGACGCUUUUGCUGCACACAAGCGUUACAACAAUGUUCAACUUGAUGGAAGGCCUAUGAGGAUUGAGGUUGCAAGCCCCAAUUCAGGAGUUCCUGUGGCUGCUCGUGUAAACGUUGUUGGAGGGCCUAACGGAAAGGCAACAAGAAGAGUUGUUAUGACACACAAUAAUGGCCACUCAACUUCAGCUCAAAUGAACCGUGGUGUUGGAACAAGAGGAGGAUCAAGUAAUGGCCAAGGACGUGCACAAAAUCAAAACCGAGGCGCACGUCGUGGAAGAGGUAGAGGACGUGGUCGUGGGAAGAAGCAGGUUGAUAAAUCUGCUGAGGAUCUUGACAAGGAGCUAGAGAAUUAUCAUGCUGAAGGAAUGCAAAUUUCUUAAUUGCAUCAAUGUCUGAUACUGAAGUUAUAUGGUUUUCUGCAGAUACUCGGUUGCUUCUAAUUCUUGGAUAUGGUAGAUGUAGAGUUUGCAUGGAGAUUUAGUUUGUUGGAUUUUUUCUACCUUAAGUUUGAUUGCUUGAAACAGAUCUAAAUCUAGUGUUCUAUUUAAUUCUGGUUGUAUUUCUAUUUUUACCAUUACCCAUUUUUCCUAUCUUAUGCCUUUUAAAUUCCCUUUUACCGGAGAAGCAGACUCAGAUAUGCACAGUGCAUAUAGCGAUGGAUACAUUAUCAAAUCUGCAGCGGUGCGCUGAACAAUCUGAAAGCAACAUCUGCUGGUCGAGAAUUUCAGUUUAAUAUCACGUUAGAAUAUAGGUAACCUGGUAUAAAUCUGAAGCCGUAAACCUUUGUAAUUGGUAGCUCCACUCUUUAUGUAGUUUUGUAGCAUUUUGCAUUUACGUUCAUCUCUCUUACAUUUUGCUUAGCUAAAAACUAAAUUUGUUAAUUGCUUUAGACAGUUGGUACUUGAUCAAGAUGUGGGAAUAUAAAUGAAUUCUAUAGAAUUGUGCAUGAACAAUGCUUUUGCCUUAAUAAUGCUGUAGCGUUGUUGGGGUA